CGUAACCAUGGAAACAGUCCUAUCACCAAAAGUUACCAUACACCAAAGAAUAACAAAUUUUUAACAAUAAAUAUGGAUAGAUAUGUAGUCAUUGAAAAAAUUGGCGAAGGAGCACAGGGUAUAGUUUUGAAAGCACAGGACAUAGUAACAGAAAAGAAUGUAGCAUUGAAGAAAUUACUAUUAAAAAAUAUUGAAAAUGGUAUAUCCAUAUCUAUUAUGCGCGAGAUAAAAAUUUUACAGCAAUUAAAACAUCGUAAUGUUGUAAAAUUACUGGACGCCUUUGCCGUUGGGUUAGAUUUUAUAGUUGUCUUUGAAUAUAUGCCAAUAAGUUUGUGGGAAAUAAUAAAAGACAAUGAAAUAUCAUUGACAACUGUACAAGUGAAAACAUAUACAAAAAUGAUUUUAGAGGGUGUUGCGUAUAUACAUAAACAAAAUAUAAUACACAGGGAUUUGAAACCUGCCAAUUUACUAAUAAGCGAGAAAGGUAUUUUGAAGAUUGCUGAUUUCGGUUUGGGAAGAUUAAUGUGGAAAGACACGACAAAACCAUAUUCGCAUCAAAUUGCUACCAGAUGGUACAGAGCACCCGAAUUAUUGUACGGAGCAAAAUAUUAUACAGAAGCAAUCGAUAUGUGGUCUAUUGGUUGUAUUUUUGGUGAACUGCUUAACAAAUCACCAUUAUUUCCGGGUGAAACAGAUAUCGAACAACUGGCAAUAGUACUAAAAUAUCUGGGAUCUCCUACAUCAGAAACAUGGCCAGAGCUAAGUACACUGCCUGAUUUUAAUAAAAUCACAUUUCCAUAUCAUAAAGGAGUCACAUGGGAAAAUGUCGUUGAUGAUGCAGAACCUGAAGCAGUCGACCUUAUUAGUAAAAUUCUUAUUUAUAACUCAUCAAAACGUUUAACAGCUAGUGAAGCAUUAUGUCAUUUAUAUUUUUAUGUCAAACCUUAUACUUCAUUGAAAGAUUUAAUAAAACCGUCGGCUAAUCAACGGAAUCAAACGAAACAGAAAGAAAUAAACACAAAUAUUCAAGUCACCACACUCUUUGAAAAUAUAUUAGCUAUUACUUAACUUUGGGGUAACGAACUUCUUUUCCACCGGAAGUCCCGGAAGCCGCAGU